AUGACAGUCAACCCAAGCGCUGAUUUUGCUUCAGCAGAACUUGAAAUUGUUCAAGAACAACAGCUGAAGGAAAAGAUUGUAAAUGAAGAGUUUAAAAUUUGGAAAAAAACAGUACCAUUAUUGUACGAUACUAUCCAUACACAUGCGUUAGAUUUCCCUUCGUUAUCCUUACAAUGGUUGCCCGAUUAUACAGUCUCCGAAAAUAAAAACUACGUGACUGUUAAGUUUUUAUUUGGAACCAAUACAUCCCAACAUUCCCAGGAUUACUUGAAGUUGGGAUCUUUAAGCUUACCCAGUACCCUUGCGCCAGACUUUGCUGAGUUUUCACCUAAUUCUCAAAGCAUACCGAUUCCGAUGUCUAAUAUUGAUUCAUCAGAUAAUUUCAGAAUAUUAUCUAGCUGGAAGCAUAAUGGAGAAAUUAACAAGUUAAGAAUUUCCCCCAAUAAUGAAAAGGUUAUAACAUUUGAUAAUGAAGGAGUUGUUCACUUAUACGACUUGAAAUCAAACAAUAAGGAAGCAGUUGACUUCAAGUAUCAUAAAUUAGAGGGUUAUGCUUUAGAAUGGAUUGAUGAAAACCAAUUCUUGUCUGGUGCUAAUGAUUCUCAAAUUGCUUUAUGGGACGUAUCAAAGCCCUCUACUCCAAUACAACGAUUCAAAUCUCACAAUGCUGUGAUCAAUGAUUUAUCUCAUAAUACUCAAGAAAAGUCUUUGUUUGGUUCUGUGGCCGAUGAUUAUAGUUAUCAAAUUCAUGACUUACGAGCAUCAUUUCAAGAUAAUCCAGCUAUUAAAAUGGAAACCAGCCAUAUUCAAAAUUCUUUCGCCUUCAAUCCUGAGAUUCCUACUUUAUUUGCAACAGGUGGUAAAGAAAAUGUGGUUUCCUUAUACGAUUUGCGGAAUCCAUCUGAACCAUUUCGUAAGUUGUUUGGACACAAUGAUAGUGUCAUUGGUAUUGAGUGGAAUAAAAAUAACGACCCAAAUAAAUUAAUUUCAUGGGGCUUAGAUAAAAGAGCAAUUUCAUGGGAUUUAUCUUACUUGUCUGAUGAGUUUACUUAUCCAACUAAUGAGCCUACAGAAGGUUCCAAAAGAAGAUACACUAAGAAUGUGGAUCCAUGCUUAGCUUUUAUACAUGGAGGUCAUACAAAUAGGAUCAAUGAAGUUGAUAUACACCCUAAAAUUAAUGGUUUGACAGCAACCUGUGGAGAUGACAAUUUGAUAGAAAUAUGGAAGAGUAAAACUAUUCAAUUAGAGAAUGAGGAAGAAGAGGAAGAGGAAGGAGAAGAGGAAAGUGAAAAAUUAACUAGUCCAGCUGAAAAUAAUACUGAGGGAUCCAAAACUGAUGCCUCCAACAACCUAGAAAAUGAGGAUACUGUAAUGAAAGAUUAG